AUGGCUCGUCGCUUUCCUCGUCUGCUCCUUGUCCUCUGCCUCCUGCUCGGCAUCGGGCAGUCGCGCUGCCUCCUCCUCAACGGCACGGAGACUUUCCUCGUCUCUGCGGUUCUCGACCUCUGCCGGGGCUCCUGCGAGUCGAGGAGCUGGUGGAAGGCUCCCGAGGGGCUCCAGGCGCAGGAAGGCUUCCUCGUGCAGGCCGGCGUUGAGCUCGAGCACGACCAGCAGGCGACGCGCAGACUCGACCAGCUGGACGUGCAGCUGAGCAUACGCGAUGCCUCCCUUGCUCUCCUCCACCUGCAGGAUCAGCACGCCUCCAGCACCAACGCCACCGGCAGACGCUGGUUCAGCUUCCAUGCGCCUCCCUUGCCCGCAGGCGUCUACUCGGUGUGGCUGCUCGUCUUCUUCCUCGACGCCGAGGGUCCUCGCGUCUUCUCCUCCUCCUCCUCGCUGACGCUCAUCGAGAGCGCGAGCUACGCGAGGUCGUCCAAGAGAAGCCAAGGGAACGCAAGCAGCGCGGGGAUCUCGCUGUACAGGAAGUUCUACCAGGAGGAGGAGGAGGAGACUCUGGAGCUUCGAGUCUUCGGGCUGGUGGCGGGGGAGGCCUAUGAGCUGGAGGUGGAGGUGGCGGGGAGAGGAACGUUCCUCCUCGCUCGACGAGAGACUCUGAGGGUAGAGGAGAAGGAGGGCGAGGGAGUGUCCCACUUCAUCAGCUUGCCGCCCAGCCCGCGAGGGGUCUACAUGCUCAAGGCGACGCUAAGAGGAGGCGAAGUAGCGGAUGACGAGGGAGGAGGGAGCAAGCGCACCGUGGCAAGGUGGCGGGGAGAGAUCAUAAUGGAGGAUCUGCGGAGAGGAGGAGGAGGGGGGGGAGACCUGGACGGCAUGCGAAAGAUUCAUGGCGAGCGACGUCACCCCGAGGAUGCGCUAGUCACGAUCCGCACAGCAGCCGUCCCUCCCCUCACCUCCUGCAGCUCCUGGCCCAUCCUCGUGUCUGUGGUCGGCGCCUCUCGUGGCUGCUCCUACGCCAUCCGGCUGCAGCUCUACAACCAGCAGGGGACGAUGACGUACGAGGCGCGUGAGUUCGUGAUGAAGACGGGGGAGGAGGACGUGCAGGAAGAGUUCCUGCUGCCGGCAGUGAAGCGAGGGAGCCACCGCCUCCUCAUCGAAUUCCUUGACGUCUUUCCUGGGGUAGCCGAAGACGACCAGCUGCUGUCCAAGCGCGUCGCUACCGUCACCUCCGACGUGCCUGAGAGCUGCUUGGAAGCAAGAUAA